GGAGAAACGACGGUGUCCAAUUCAAAAAGUUGCAUACACUGUACCAUGAAUUGAUUAGAGGACAGCUGUUUGCUUGCAUUGAGUUUGGUCUCUCGGGCGUGCUUCGACUUCGAUUGCUGCAUGAUUCAGUAGUUUCAUUCCUCUCACUUCCUCCUCCUCUCCCUGUCUCACGUCCACCUCCGUCAUGGUGCGCCUCAGAGAGAUACCACGCACUGCGGCUUUCGCUUGGUCUGCAGAUGCCACAGCCCCUUGGAUAGCAACCGGCACCAAAUCCGGUGCUGUGACAGCGGACUUCAGCACUAAAACUUGUCUUGAGCUUUGGGACCUCGCCCUCGACAACGCUCAACAGGGCCAGGAACUACAGCCAACUGUCACCCUGCCCACGGAAUCUGGAUUCCACGAUCUCGCCUGGACGCCGGCGCAAGAAGCUCAUAAGCGAGGGAUUAUUGCGGGAGCCUUCGACAGCGGCUCAUUGGGCCUUUGGGAUGCGGAUAAGAUCAUAAACAAUGCAGCUGAUGCUUCUCUCUUCGACAAAGCGAUCCACACCGGUUCCAUCAAAGCUCUGCAGUUCAAUCCGAAGAUCCCAAACUUCCUCGCAACCGGCGGAGCCAAAGGUGAACUGUUCAUUUCAGAUCUAAACCACCUCGACGCCCCCAUACGACUCGGAAACCCGUCGGCGCGUGGAGACGAUAUCGAUUGCCUAGACUGGAACAAGAGAGUGUCAAAUAUUCUUGCUACGGGAAGCAACGGAGGCUUCGUGACAGUAUGGGACAUGAAGACGAGGAAAGAGAGCCUAACGCUCAACAAUUACCAACGGAAACCAGCCAGUGCCGUCGCUUGGGAUCCUGAAAAACCUACACGGUUGAUCACAGCUGUUUCAUUGGACCAAGAGCCAGUAAUUUUGGUCUGGGAUCUGAGAAACUCGAAUGCCCCAGAGAAGGUCUUACGCGGGCAUGAUUCUGGAGUGUUGUCUCUUUCCUGGUGCCCUCAAGAUCAUGACCUGCUGCUAUCCUGCGGCAAAGACAACAGGACAAUUCUGUGGAACCCGCAGACAGGACAGCCAUAUGGCGACUAUCCCGUUGUGACGAACUGGACAUUCCAAACGAGGUGGAACCCACACAACCCGAACAUGUUCGCAACAGCGUCCUUCGAUGGCAAAAUUCAGAUUCAGACCCUUCAAAACACAAACCCUAGCAGCACGGAAACCGAUCAGGGCCAGGUUGCUGAUGGUGAAGACUUCUUCUCAAGGGCCCAGACACAGCCUCAGACGUCUUCCUUUUCCCUGCUAAAGGCGCCAAAAUGGCUUGAGCGACCGGUCUCUGUUUCUUUCGGCUUUGGCGGGAGGAUCAUAAGUGUUCGGCAAGCGGACCCUGGCAAAUCCAGAGCCUCAAAAGUCUGCAUCAGCAAAUUCGAGGUUGAUUCGAGCGUAGGAAGUGCGACUGAGACGUUUGAGAACGCACUCCAAUCCGGAGAUCUCACUUCUUUAUGCGAGCAGAGAGCGGCGGCCGCCAAGUCGGAUGAAGAAAAGGCUGACUGGAAGGUUAUCGAGACACUGGUGUCCAAGAAUCCCAGAGCGGGACUGGUCAAAUAUCUGGAAAUCGAGGGUACCACAGAAGACGCAACCAACGGUGUUGAACAGCCAAGCCUCGACGAACAGGAGCCUGGGUCUGCGAGCGCCCCUGUGAACGGCACGUCAAAGUCCCACAAGCGGUUCCAAUCCAUCUUUGCAAGCUCUGCUGAUGGCGAUUUUCUGUCUGAACUUGCAGCAACGAAGGGCACCAAAACGAACAAUCCCUUCCAGAUUUACACUGGUUCGGAAUCGGAAGCCGAUCGAAAGAUAACACGAGCUCUCAUUCUCGGCCACUUUGACAAGGCUUUGGAUGUAUGUCUGCAGGAGGAUAGGAUGUCGGAUGCAUUCAUGAUCGCAAUAUGUGGAGGCGAAGCAUGUAUCAAGAAAGCUCAAGAAGCCUACUUUGCGAAGCAAUCUGGUGGCCCUAAUUAUCUCCGGCUCCUCGCUUCUGUGGUGGGCAAGAAUUUGUGGGAUACUGUUCACAAUGCCGAUUUGUCCAGCUGGAAGGAGGUCAUGGCAACUCUGUGCACGUUUGCCGAUGAGCAGGAGUUUCCUGAUCUUUGCGAAGCUCUCGGUGACAGAAUUGAAGAGCAGGCAGAUGACUUGUCUUCAGUCGCUCGAAAGGAUGCAUCUUUCUGCUUCCUGGCGGGUUCCAAACUGGAGAAGGUGGUUGCUAUUUGGAUCAAAGAGCUUAAAGAGCAUGAAGAAGCCGGAGCAGCAGAGGCAGACGCAACAUCAGCCUUCUCCUUGCAUGCUCAUGGCCUGCAAGAUUUUAUCGAGAAGGUCACCAUAUUCAGAAAGGUGGUCCACUUCCAAGACAGUGAAUUGUCCAAAGACGGAGACUGGAAACUGGAGUCCCUCUACAGCAAAUACCUGGAAUAUGCUGAUAUCGUGGCUGGCUCGGGCCAGCUAGAGGUUGCUCAGAGAUAUUUGGACCUGCUUCCUGCCACAUACCCUGGAGCAGAUGUUGCAAGGACUCGACUUGAGAAAGCUAGGAAGAAGCCACUAGCUCCUGCCGUUACUCAAGCAACCUCAACAUCGACGAGGAACAAACCACUACCCACGAUGUCAGCCUUCCAGCCGCCAACGACUGCUUUCACUCCUGCGGCGCCUCAGGUCCCCACGCCCUAUGGUGGCACUCCUUCUCAACCUGCAAACCCCUAUGCACCUCCGACGGCUCCUGGAGCACCUGUCAACCCAUAUGCUCCGGCUGGUAGCUAUCAAGCUCCCCAACAGAUGAGGAUGCCGCCAGGGCCUGCUCAGUAUGGUAUGCCACAAGCGCCACAAGCGCCACCGAUACAACCUCCUCCGCGAUUUACUCAAUCUCCUGCAGUCCCACCUCCAUCACAAGACAGGAACAUGUCUAACUGGAACGAUAUCCCAGAAGGAUUCGUCAAACCUGCUUCGAGAAGAGCCACGCCUAGUGUUCCGGCCCAGCCUGUCUCCAACCCCUAUAGCCCGGCCCCGGCUCAGCAGCCGUCUCCUCCUGUUGCGCCUCCAUUCGGUUCCAGACAGCGAGCGUCACCUCUUCCGCCCCCUCCCAAAGGCUCAGCUCCUCCACCCCGCGUGACUUCCCCUUUGGCUGGUGGACCACCGCAAGCUCCCUUUGAGCGACCUAGCUCAUCAACCGGCAAUGCAUACGCACCACCAUCGGUGACCUCGCCCCCGUUAGGGCAGAACAUCAUGUCUCCUCCCAUCCCCCGAGGCCCAUCACCGUACAACGCUCCGCCAUCACAUGGUCCAUCCGCUCCCAAUCGCUACGCUCCCGCUCCGGGUUCGCAACCUACAACUGCACCAUCUGCACGGCCUACAAUUGCGCCACCGCCGCAGGGAUCGUCUUUCCAUACUCCGCAACAACCCACGAACCCUUAUGCACCUUCCCAACCCAUACAACAGUCUCGGCCUAGUCCAUACGGCCCUGCACCGACAUCACAAACCCCUCAGCAGACUUCAGCACCUCCGCUACCUACGCCAUCACAGCAAUUCAUCUCUGGCCCGCCACAGCCCAGCGGUCCGCCACAACAAACACCACCACCAGCUAGUACUGCAGGUUCAGAGAAGCGUGCCGCUGCCCCUCCGCCACGCAAGCAUCCCAAAGGCGAUCGUAGUCACAUCCCGCCAUCCGCACAGCCAGUCUUCGAGAUUCUCUCAUCAGAAAUGGCACGCGUGAAGGGCCGGGCGCCUGCUAGUUUCGAGCCACAGGUCCGCGACACCGAGAAACGCCUGGAUAUUUUGUUCGACCACCUUAACAACGAGGAUCUUCUGAAGCCGGACACGGUGGCGCAAAUUGCGCAGCUGGCGACCGCUCUACAGAACCGCGAUUUCCAGACGGCAAGUGACAUCCAGAUGGAUGUGCAUACGAACAAGGUUGAAGAAUGUGGGAAUUGGAUGGUUGGCGUGAAGAGAUUGGUCGGCAUGUGUAGAGCGACGCCUUGAGUGUGUGGAGCGUGUAAAUCGUCGGGUGGCCUUCGUGAGGUGAGGAAAGGUUAUGAUGCUGCCAUGAGGAGCCAGGAUGAAGGGUAUGGGGGUGGUGAACGCUAUGAUUCAUAUGCUCACUGAUGUAGAAAACGAUAAAGUGUGCUUUGUGAUUUGUUUUGGACUCUGGAUGCUGACAUGUUUGAGUGUUGCUAUCCUAUACUACUUGUAGGAGGAAGGCUACCCUCUCUACUUAACAAGGCGCCGUUGAGAACUGAGGUAUUGUCACGUUGGGAGUACGAUAACGACUCCACGGCAGACAACCGAGUUGUUCGUCGAGAAGUGGUCCUAUAUACAGCACCAUUAUGCUGCAUGAGCCAAACAACAGCACUUGAUUUGCUUCAUUUUUGCAGAUAGUGCAGAACGAUUCUGAGGCUCCGCUACGC